AUGGCGCUUGUAGCUCAUUAUGAUUUAGAGUUACAUCAAAUGGAUGUGAAAACAGCUUUUCUAAAUGGGAAUUUAGAGGAAGAAGUAUAUAUGGAUCAACCUGAAGGCUUCAGAUUAGUGGGUAAAGAACGCAUGGUUUGCACUCGUUCAGAUAUUGGAAUGUUAGGCAGAUACCAAAGCAAUCCAGGAAUGCAUCACUGGAAAGCUACAAAGAAAGUUAUGAGAUACUUACAAGGAACAAAGCAUUAUAUGCUCACAUUUAGAAAGACUGGUGAGUUAGAGGUUAUUGGUUACUCAGACUCAGAUUUUGCUGGAUGUGUGGAUAGUAGAAGAUCCACUUUUGGUUAUUUGUUCCUUUUAGCUGGAGGGGCAAUGUAA